CAAGAACAGAGGGAGAGGAUGGUGGACAGUGGGGCUUCCGAGUUGCUGGAUCGUGGAUGAGUCAACUCGGACGGCAUCAAUAACUGAAACUUGUGUGGCUCGGCUCCCGUUGUCAGUUUGAUGAUCUUUUCCCGCUCUCCCGCUGCCAAAUUUAGCCGCCGUCGCUGGUCCGGUGCGUUCCAAAUUCACCACCGUCUGCCUUAUCGUCUCCAUCGAUGCCAAUGCUUCCUUAUUUCCAUCCACCAUGAACCAGUCCCCAUAUUUAUCCCGCCCGUUGAGCUCAUUCUCUGUUACUACAGUUCCUUUUGCCCUAACAUGGAGCGUCUCCAAUCUCUCGGGGUUUCGCUCUCCUCGCCGGCAACACAGUCACCGCUCUCUGUUCCGCACCGCCAGGUGUGUUAACGCUGACAUUUCUGUGGCCCAGCGCGGGAAAUCUCAUGUGAUCGCAUCCAAGACGAAGGGAAAGAGGAACUGGAGACAUUGGAGGAAAAUAUAGAGAAGUUAUAUACUUGGUCGUGUAUCGGUGCAGGUUUCUGGCGAUUCUUGCUGUCUUCAUUUCCUUGAUUGGAUCAUUUUUAUGCUUCAUCAAGGGUUGCACAUAUGUUGGAUCGGCGUUUCUGCAAUAUUUUGCCACUCGUGGAAAAGUGAUCAUAUUUCUGGUAGGGGCCAUAGAUGUCUAUCUCUUGGGUACGGUGAUGCUAGUUUUGGAAUGGGUCUCUAUGAGCUCUUUAUCAGCAAUCUCAGCCCUUCAAAGUCGUCGCCAGGGGAAAGAAUAGCAGAUCGGCCAAAUCUGUUUGGCCUUUUCACCUUGAAGGAGCGACCUAGAUGGCUAGAAGUGAAGACUGAGAAGGAGCUGAAAACCAAGCUCGGCCACGUGAUAGUGAUGCUCCUUCUGAUUGGGUUUUUUCGAGAAGAGUAAGACGGAUUCCAUAUACUCCGCUCUUGAUCUGCUAUACUUUGCAGCUUCUGUGCUUCUAUGAUUCUGGUUGCCUUUUCUUGUUAUCCAAGCUUAGCGACUCAAAACAUUUCCUUAACUAAUGAACCGAUGAAAGAGUGCUUCAAAAGGAUGCAAGUCAUAGCUGCACAUAUGUAGAUUUUCAUGAAUGUAAUGUGUACAUGAAUUAAAUGAAUUUCGCGGCAUUGUGUUCCUUCGCAUUGCCACGCACUGCACGGAGGAUCAUCGAUCAGGCUUCACGCUGGAAGGCGUUGUGGUUGUGGAGAUGGAAGGCAAAGAGACGCAUGGAUCCGUCGGCGGUGCAAGCACAUCGUCCUCCUCUUCCGCCACUAAAAAACAAUCGAAAAGGCCCAAAUAUUCAAGAUUCUCGCAGCAAGAACUUCCGGCCUGCAAAUUCAUUGUAACGCCAACCGUGGUAAUCUCAACGUUUGUUGCAAUUGCAAUUGUGUUCAUCCCACUUGGCCUUGCUUCCCUGUUUGCAUCAGACAAUGUGGUGGAGAUUGUGCAUAGGUACGACGAUCUGUGCCUUCCUGAGAGCUCCACGGCUGUACAACACAUACAGAGCAAAGACUCCAACAAAACUUGUGCUGCGAAAUUGGCUGUCUCCAAGGCAAUGAAGGGUCCAAUCUUCAUAUACUAUCAACUCGACAAUUUCUACCAGAACCACCGUCGGUAUGUAAAAAGUCGCAGUGACAAACAGUUAAAGUACAAAGCGGAUGCAGAUGACACCGACAGUUGCUCCCCUGAGGCCACCACUGACAAGGGCCCGAUCGUUCCUUGUGGCCUUGUUGCCUGGAGCCUGUUCAACGACACAUAUAAAUUUGUAGUUCAGAAUAAGGUUGUAGAUGUCAACAAGAAGAACAUCGCUUGGGAGAGCGACAGAAAUCAUAAGUUCGGUUCUGAUGUGUACCCUCAGAAUUUCCAGAGUGGCGGUCUCAUUGGAGGUGCAAAGUUAGAGACAAGCAAACCACUGAGCGAGCAAGAGGACUUGAUCGUGUGGAUGCGAACUGCAGCACUGCCAACAUUCAGGAAACUGUAUGGAAGAAUCGAGGGCGACCUUCAAGUGAAUGAUAACAUCGAAGUCGUGGUGGAGAAUAACUACAACACAUACAGCUUUGGAGGGAAGAAGUGGCUGAUCCUUUCGACGACGAGCUGGAUAGGUGGGAAGAAUGAGUUCAUUGGGAUUGCAUACUUGACCAUUGGUGGCUUGUGCUUGUUCUUGGCAAUCACCUUCAUUCUCAUCUAUGUGCUCAGACCCAGGCAGCUUGGAGAUCCAUCUUACUUGUCAUGGAAUAAGCAAUCUCCAAUGCCAUGAGUUACUAAUUGGUAGAAAAUGGGAUUCCGACGAGCAGCCUCUUAAUUUCCUCAUCGGUGUUUUCGUAAACAUCAAUCCUUCUCAAUGGUGAUUCCUAAUUAAUGCCGCCUGAAGAAUCAAAUAAAAUGCGCCUUUUGUUGUAAAGUGCAAGAACUACAGAAGAGAAGAGAUUAAUAGACAUGUUUCUGAGAUAUAGUCUACUUAAUUAGUGGGUCUUGAUUAACCCUCCUGCGGAAUCGAUUGUGAAUUAGUUUAACUCUAAUCUUCUCUUUUUCCCUCCACCAUAUGGGUUUAUGAAAAG